AAAGUACAAAACAUAACUGUCCUACUACAGAAUUUGCCUCAACUUCCGUAUCAGUAUAAGGGCGUGUUCCCUUGAGAGACCCCUUGCAUUUUAAUCGUUGUCUUUAUACCAACAUUCACAAUGUAUUCCAAUUGCGUAUCGGAAGGUUCCGCGUCUGCGAGGUAUAAAGAUUAUCAACGUCUGUAUAUUGAUCCGGAACAUUGGCUGCUUUGCUUCCUUUCACUGAGACGGCCACUCUUAAUUGAAGUCUGACUCCAUCCCUUCCGGCACUACCAAGCACCUAUGGGUGAUUCGGAAUUUAAUCGAUUGAUUAAUCUUGCCGCAGAACCGGUGGCCACUCCGAAGCUUUCUGCUGCUCUGCAAUCUAUAGCAACCCAGAUCUGCGACGGGCAACUUGUGCAAUCUGACCAUGAACUCGUUUUGUCAGUUUUCGAUUCCCAAUGGAGCUCAGCCAGACUUAAAGCUGCCGAGAAGUCUGGCCUGACGGAGGAACAGAUCCAUUUUCUAGACUUUUAUGAUUGCCUCGCUGAAAUCAUAGUACGCCUACGGAAGGAUCCUUCUCAGGGCACGAUAACGGGUUUCGUAGAACGCUUGAAGCGGAUUACUCGAUGGUUGACCGUAUUGGAGUCUUCAUGCAUCGCCAAUGAAUCGUCCACGAUAAAAGAUCGUAUCGUAUGCAAGGCUACCAUUGUAACCUUCAUACGUGCUUGCGUUGAGCCAGAUACCCCAUCUGAAUUACGUGAUGGCUUGCGUCAUCACGACGAGCUCUUCGGUCUAGUUUGGCGGUUGUGGGUCCGGGAGGUGGAGGAUCCUCGUUUUCUUCCCAACGUUGGUGACGAUUCAAGUGCGGAAACGACUAUGCUAGUUGAUGCAUUCAUCUCCCACCAAGGCCCGGAAACGGCUGUAAACAUCUUGGGUCAGAAGCCCGACGAGCUGGCCCGCAUCACUCUUCUGCACGUUGCAACUGCCAUGAAUAAGAGACAAAUCGACUUCGACCAUCUCAGAUGGGCACUGCAUGUCUGCGACACUUCCUCGGAAGGUUUCUCUACUCGAGUUGCUUUGCUUUCCCAAAACGUUAUUUCAAGUAUCACCAGGGCCAUGACUGCCGCGAUCACUGCUUCGACGUCUCCCGCUGGGCCUGAUAUCGCGAUGUUUCAGUGGUGCUGUGUCUCCAUAAAGAACUUUUCCAAGACUUUGGAUACAGUUCCGUAUAUUCUACAACUCGUCGAUUCCGAUAUUCUUGCUAUCCUCUUCAAUGGUGACCGAUUACUAGCUCGAAUGCCUCGGCGGCUCGACAAUGACCAGCUUGAGGAUAGUCCUCGGACGCUCUUGAAAGAGGUCAUUGGCCCAUACUUAAUAUAUCCUUCCAUUCUGCAGGCGGUGAAGAAGUACAUGAAGAAGUCGAAGAAUUUGGACGUUUCUUCAAGGAAUAGUGAAGAGUUUCGCCAUGCCUGGGAAAAGAUGAUGGAAUGGGGCAAUUUUAUUUCGAUAGCAACGCAGCAAAUAACUAAACAAAACCCAUUACAAACAUAUGCAACGUGCGCUCAGUGCGGGAAGAGCGACAUACAUGGCGAAUUCAAGCGUUGCACGGGAUGUCUGAAUUCUAUCUAUUGCAGCACUGAAUGUCAGAGAGUUGGCUGGAAGAAUGGUCAUGAAAAGUACUGCAAAGAACUUCAACAGUUACGGGCAGCUGAGAAGGUUCCCGAGAUGUCCAAGCGCGAAUGGAAAUUUAUCAAACGAUUCGUCCUCUACCACUUGCGCCUAAUGUAUAACAAUGGGUUUUCUGAAGCAUUCAACACGUGCAAACAGGCGUAUGCCGAACUUGACUUGGACUAUACAAAGGUGCCACCGUCUGCAUAUUUUCUAAGGAUGGAUGGAGGUUCUAUCUGUGAGCACAGACUGCGACGGAUGAAGGAGAGUGAAGCUCGGGGCGACCAAAAUAUCAAAGUGCGUGCCGACAUACCUCGAGGCAAACCCAAAACUCUCAUGUUUGCCAUCGAGUUGGAAACAAUACAAGGAGUUGAGUUGGAGGUCGACAGGGACACCGGCGACGGAGAUUUCGAUCGCUCUGUAAAGAUGAUCGAAUUCUACCAGGAUUGUUGUUCCCGUGAAUCAAUUGCCGAUGGAAGUAGAAAGGCCAUAGUAGUAAUGUAGAAUGACGUUUCGAUCUCAACGUGAAUUAUACUCUCUUUCCUGAUGUCAACAUUACGGUUGUGAUCUGUUUAUC